AUGACUUGUUUCCACAUCGUCAUCAAUAUUGUUACCGCUCCUAUCGUGAUGCAUACUAUGAAAUGUUCAAUGGAAUGUGCACACAAUACAAUAAACGCGCAGAUAAUUGUUUCGCAAUUGGCGGCUUGUGAAGCAGAUGAUGUCGUUAUCGGGUGUCUCGAAAAAGCUUUGCAAAUUAAGGAAACAUAUUCCCUGAUAGACGUUGGCUGUCGACUAUUACAAGUCGUGUUCACACUUUCAACAACUACAAGUGAUAAUACAAAGAAACGAUGGAUAAGUGUAGCUAUCUCAAUUCUACAAAAAAAUUUCUCACAGCCAAUUAAACAUGAGUUCCUGUUUGGCGCCACUUUGACGAUUUUAUCACGAAACAAGGAGACGGUUGAAGUCACUAAUGGACACUAUACCAAAUUGACAAAGUUAAUUCUUGGAUUUCUGAACAAUUCGAUUCAACACGUACGCAGCUGUACACUACUUCAAACAGAAUGCGCUGGCGCAAUUCAAGUGCUGAAACAAUUGUUGGAGGCGUUCGUUUCUCUUCCAGAUACUUUAGUAUCAAGCUGUUUAGGGGUGCUGGGGAAACUUAUAAGUGUAUUUGUGCUGUCACCUUCGACUACGGCACAUGAUCAUUUACAAGUGAUUUAUGAAACCAUUGCAUCAUUUGCGUCAAGAGACUAUUUAGGAAGGCUGGUGAAUCGGUUAGGCAAAUGUAUACGGGAUGAAGAAGGGCUCGAGGGUGCCCCAAUGAUAGACAUGGUCGAUGAAUUUGAGGCUCUGGCAGCAUUGCUUUACUUUAACCUUGUAGACAAGAGGAUAUAUGGAAAUCACCCCUUAGUUACUUAUCUCGCUGCAUUAGUUGAGAAUUACAAUACAUACACGCAAGUUUUGGGAGAUCACGCACAAUUUUUUCUGGAGUUAGGAUGCCUAGGCACUAAAUUACUAUCGAAGGAUCGACGAAAGGAAGUCAUCAAUGAUGCCUUGUGUCAAUUUGCUGAAAACGCACAUUGGCAUUCCAUGCGAUGGAUAGUUGCACUGGCCGACAAACCUUUAAGUGGGGCUACUCUUAUUGUUGAAUAUGUGCUUCUUCGAAUAGUUUCAGGCUACACGAUCCUCAAAGCGGCUUUGUUGGCGGAACAUUUGGAUGCCUUAAGCUACCUACUUCGCUGGAAUUCAUUCAGAGAAUUGGUGCUGGCUUCAUCUCAUGUAUUCGAGCUCCAAAGUGUAUUGUGGCAACUGGUGCACGUAAAUGAUGCUUGGUCGGAUAUGACAUAUGAUGGGUAUGACGUCGCGGUUUCUCUGCUUAACACAUUCAGUUCUCUUCUCUCCUUUCAACCGAGUAUUAUAUUCUCGGGGCAAAAUGAAAAAUUCGAGAUUGAAUUACUUGUGCGUUUCUGUCUCAAAUCACUGGACGAAAUUCUUUCAGAUUCAUUGUUAGAUGUGAUUCAGAUUACAUCAAUCGAAAACGUCUAUUUGUCAACAAGUAUUAUUUUGCAACACUGUAUUCAGCGUGGCGCAGAACACGCGCGCUGUAUAGUUCAUCAUCGAGUUACAAGGCAUGCUUUUCAGGAUUGCGAGCGCCCAGGGUGCGAAAGAUGGUGCUUGGUAGUGCUAAAAACUGUGAUUGAGUCUCAUAAUCUCAUUUGCGCUAAAAAGCUGCUGCACUUAUCCUUAAAACAAGCAAACAUUAUGAUGAGUCUCGCAGAAAUACUUACGAACACAGACGUGUUAUCACAAACUUUUUUUCUGGAUUGUUUGGCACUGGUGGAUGAUUCGACAAAGUGGCAAUCGGAUUGUGUUAUAUUAUUUAAUAUGUUACAUCAACACACCAGCAACCUUGUUUCUGGGCAUGCUAGUAUACUGAACUCUCGUCAAGUGAACUAUCACAUUUCAAGUGCUAUUGCUCUGCUAAGUUUCAAGUACGUUCAACUUUGCUUGAAAACAUUGCGUAAUGAACUUGAAAGCUGUGUCCAAGCUAUCACUCAGUCUGUAUUAUCUUUCAACCAUCUGUUCAUGUUAACACCAGCUUUUACCACCAAAGAGUAUUCUACGAUCGUCAGUAUUCAUCUUAAGAUUGUUUACCUUGCUGCAUUAUCCACGACUGGAAAAGACAGGGACAUCAGUAUCGAUUCAACAGACACGUUAGGGCUUGUACUUGGUCCAAUGUGUAUAUCCAAUGAAGCACUUGCUGUAUAUUUCGACUUGGCUGUCAUUACGUAUCUAUUUUCGUCAGUUCAAGCAGCAACAUGGCUCUUUAUUGAAGCUAUGGCUCCGGUCUUGUCUAGAAUUAUUGAAAGACUUGCAUCUGGGUCAAUUCGAUCAAAGUGCCUGGAAAGAAGUCUAUUGAGCUAUUUUACGUCGCUUCGAGCUGUAUUGGGAACUAAAUGGGAGAGUAGAGAAGUAAACCAAGUCUUAAGGCUUCUCAGAAUAUGUUUGUUCGAUAGAUGGUCCCUAAACCAUCUGCUUAAAGCAGUCCUCAGCCUGCCAAAAGGUCUUUGUUGCCUUUUUGAUCUUGCCCGAGUAGCUCCUAAUCACGAUGCAAAUGUGAUUUAUUUUUUAUCUCAACAUCUUCGUGCCUUUCGUUGCGAAACACAACGUAUCGGUGAGCUUGAGUUAAGUACGCUUUUGUCAAUCGUAAAAUGUUACUGUGCUGGGAACGCUGGAGACACUUUCCAGCAGAAAGUGGAAAAGACAUCCGGGAGUGAAGUUCUGCGUCGCGCUCUAAAAACGCUUAAGCAUGUUGCAAGGCAAGAAAAUUAUGCGAGUCUUUGCUCUGAACUCGGCACAAUCAGCAUUAUGUACGAUGUUAUAUGUGUACCCUCUCAAAAUCAAGACGCAACAAUUUUGGCACUUGAGAUUUGUUGUUGUUUAGCUCGUUUUGGACAUGAUGUGACGCAUGAAAGCUUUACUAUAGCUCUCCAGCGCUUGCUCGUUCGCAUUGAAAUCAGUGACACUAAUAUCCGCUCUCAUAUGGCAUUUCUCAUUCUCGAAAUUGUCCUAUUCGCUGAAAAAUCUGCGCUCAGCUUAUCAUUGAUUCAGCAAUGUCAAACUCAAGUUGUACCAAUAUUAUCGCAGUCAUCUGGGAAGACUGCGAUGUAUACUAAGGAGUUGUACAUUGCCAGUCAGAAGCUUGUGUCGCCUACACGAAAGCCAGGGCCACAAAACUGUGACUUACUCAAGACAGAAAAUAAGUCGUCGGCUCUUCGACAAUACUUGGAUAGAGGCAAAGUGCGCCAACAAAUUAUAUCUAACUGCCAAAGUCUUAUACAGAGCUCGGAUCAAAUGGAAAAAAAUACGUUACCUGAUUGUCUAUCUACUUUUGGAAAAAGCGGGGUGAAAACACUUGAAUAUGUUCCCUUAUGCAAAGCCAUUAAGCAACUUAGCUUUAUCCUGGAUGAUUUUAACAUGGUGAUAAAUUGUGAUUAUGUAUCGGCCCUUGUUCCGGCAUUGAGUACGAUUCUCACCCUACAUAAGGUUACGAAUGCAACAAUGUGCACUAUCAUGCAAAUACUGGAUAAAAUAGCAUUUGCGAAGCCAUCGAUUCUGCUACUGAAUAAUCAGCUUGACAUUCCAGCGUUGUUUUCUUCGUGCUCGCUACAUCAUCGCUCGUCACUGCUUUUUGCAGUGAAUCUUUGUCGAUUUUGCAACAGCAUUGCUUCUGCAACAUUGGAGGUCGAACUUUGA